GUGAACUUGAACGCAAGCAGCAGCAGCAGCAGCCCCAGCCCACCACCCCAGAGACAUGGACCCGCAGACGGUGCUGUCCCGGGUAACUCUGCUCGUCCUUUUCUUGAACCUGUUGCUGCCCGGAGGUCACUGCCGCCCGCUGAGCAGCCCUGGCCAGGCUUCAGAACUCUCUGGGAUACAGGAGCUGCUGGACCACUUGCAGGACAAGGUGCCAGAGACGCCGGCCAAGCAGGCGGCCUUGGAGCCGCUCCAGCAGGACCCAGUGCCCACAGAAGCCUGGGAGGCUGGGAAGGCUGCCCCCAAGGGUAUCCCUGGGCCCAGAGACAAUGCCCUCCAGAGUCUGCGGGGACUUCGCACUACCAAGAUAAUGCGUGACUCGGGUUGCUUCGGGCAGAAGCUGGACCGGAUCGGCUCCUUCAGCCGCCUGGGCUGCAAUGUGCUGAGGCGGCAUUAGGAGGAAGCCCUGACUGUGGACGUCAGCUUCUGAUUCCGCGAGGGGCUCUCUCCCCAGCCCCAGGACUCUCUUUGAAGUGAUUGCUAUUUAUUUCUACUUAUUUAUUUAUUUAUUUAUUCAGUCGUUUUCUAUGAGAUGG